UUAUAGGUCUUUCUAGGAACAUUGGACCUGAUAUCAAAGAAAUAGCUUCUAUAAAGAUAAGACAUAAGGUAAUCAAAUCAAUCAAUUCCGCUUAAAUAUUUUUCAUGAAAUAAAUAAAAAAAAAAUUGAUCAUUGUCAUUUUUGAUAUGUAUGACUAUAUAGUUUAAUAUUUUUACUACUAUAUAUUCACUUUGUAUUCAUCACCUACAUGUUAAAUUCAAUAUGAGUAUGCCGGAGGACAGAUUAAUUACACAAAUGGUUAUUCCUGUAUCUAAAGAAACCUUUUUUAAUACCCAAUCAAAAACAAGACCAAAACCGUUAUGUCCCUACGACAUGCUGUAUCAUCCGCCCGAUUACAACCCAAAAGCAGCAAGAUCCGAUCGUCAAGAGCCAAAAAUCAUUAAGAGAAAUAUAUGGGAACAAGAACGUCACAAAAUAAUUCCGUCAACUACUCAUUUUCAGUUAGGCAGACCGACGAUAAAAAUUUUGGAUGUCCCAACCAAACAAUUUGUAAGAGUUCAAGUUAAAAAUGAAAACCCGCACAUGCGCAUAUACAGUGUUUUGGAAUGGGCUAUUUUAUUAAAUGAAGGAAAACCAAGUUUGUGCGAUUAAAAAUAUAUUGUAUAUACCUCCGCACUUUAAACCAACCUCAAUAUAUAUCGGGCAAUAAAAAUUUGUUAGUGGUUA